CAAAAAAUCAACUGGAGUUCUGUUGCCAUAUGCUUCGAGGGACAAUAGACCCUAAAGAGCCACCUACAUAUGAAUAUGUAAAAUGCAUAGGAAACUUCAAAUCCUUGAGUAACAUGCCUAACUCUGCACAUAAUGGUUAUGAAGAAACCAUCCAACGACCUCAUAGGCCUUCGUAUGAAGACAGAAUUUGCCUUGUAGCUACAGUUAGGUUAGCUACACCUCAAUUUAUUAAGGAAAUGAGCACAGUAGAAGAACCUAACGAAGAGUUCACCUCCAGGCAUAGCUUAGAAUGGAAAUUCCUUUUCUUGGAUCACAGGGCACCACCAAUUAUAGGCUAUUUACCAUUUGAAGUGUUGGGGACAUCAGGCUAUGAUUAUUAUCAUGUGGAUGACCUGGAAAAUUUGGCAAAAUGUCAUGAGCAUUUAAUGCAGUACGGGAAAGGGAAAUCCUGCUAUUACCGAUUCCUCACAAAAGGCCAGCAGUGGAUUUGGUUGCAGACUCAUUACUAUAUCACCUACCAUCAAUGGAAUUCUAGACCAGAAUUCAUCGUGUGUACACACACAGUAGUAAGCUAUGCUGAGGUUCGAGCAGAAAGGCGGCGUGAACUUGGCAUAGAAGAAUCUCUGCCAGAGAUUAUAGCAGAGAAAAGUCAGGAUUCUGGUUCUGACAAUCAUAUAAAUACAGUGAGCCUCAAAGAAGCAUUGGAGAGGUUUGAUCACAGCCCCACACCUUCUGCCUCCUCUAGGAGUUCCAGGAAAUCUUCCCAUACGGCAGUUUCGGAUCCUUCAUCAACCCCGACAAAGAUGACAGUGGAUACCAGCACUCCUCCAAGGCAAAAUUUAUCUGCACAUGAAAAGUCUGCACAAAGGAGAGCUUCGCUCGGUAACCAGUCUUUAAAUUCACAAUCUGUCGGGCAGCCUCUGGCACAACCAAUGAUGACCCAGCCUGCAACUUUACAACUUCAGCAAGGCAUGUCUCAGCCAAUGCUUCAGUUUUCUGCUCAAUUAGGAGCUAUGCAACACUUAAAGGACCAAUUGGAGCAAAGAACACGAAUGAUAGAAGCAAACAUCCACCGCCAGCAAGAAGAACUGCGAAAAAUUCAGGAACAGCUCCAGAUGGUCCAUGGACAAGGUCUCCAGAUGUUCUUGCAGCAGUCAACUCCAGGGUUAAACUUUGGUUCUGUCCAGCUAGCUUCUGGAAACGCAUCGACCAUUCAACAGAUCACACCAAUAAGCAUGCAAGGCCAGGUUGUUCAGACUAACCAGAUCCAAGGUGGCAUGAACAGUGGACAUAUUGGUUCUCAGCACAUGAUGCAGCAACCAUCUCUGCAAAGUACCACAGCACAGCAUAAUCAACAAAGCCUUCUCAGUGGGCAUAGUCAACAGGUGUCUCUAAGCCCUCAAGGCCAGAACACGCUCUCAGCCCCAUUAUACAACACUAUGGUGAUUUCUCAGCCGGCGGCAGGAAACGUAGUCCAGCUUCCUUCUACUCUACAGCAGACCAAUAACCAGAAUGCUGCCAUUACCACAUUUGCCCAGGAUAGGCAAAUCAGAUUUUCCCAAGGCCAACAGCUUGUGACAAAAUUAGUGACUGCGCCUGUAGCCUGUGGAGCAGUAAUGGUACCGAGUACCAUGUUUAUGGGCCAGGUGGUGACUGCUUAUCCGACUUUUGCCGCACAACAGCAACAGCAGCAGCAACCACAGACAUUGUCAAUGCCACAGCAACAGCAGCAGCAGCAACAAGAACAGCAGCCACAAAGCCAACAGGAGCAGCCCCAGCAGCAACUUGCUACAGUUCAACCUCCAGCUCAGGCUCAAUUGACUCAGCAUCCACAACAGUUCUUACAGACCUCCAGAUUACUUCAUGGAAAUCAGUCGACGCAACUUAUCCUCUCUGCUGCUUUCCCGCUACAACAAAGCACUUUUGCCCAGCCCCAUCACCAGCAGCAUCCGUCUCAGUCACAGCCACCGCAAAUGCCACGACACAGAGCUGACAGCAUGACGGAGGCGUCUAAAGUGCCACCCCAAUAGUGUGGGGCUUUGCUACCGGGAGCGAGGUUUGUAAUUGCACUGGAGACGGUGAGAUCGGAGUCGACAAGAUUUUUGCAAUGCACAGUAUUGAAAUUCUUGUAACCGUUGGAAUGUAUCUGCUGAAGAAAAAUGUACGAAGCGCUGCUGGAGUUUCAGUAGGUGUAAAGCUGGCAAAGCUGAUGGGACAGGGACACGCUGACUUUUGCCAGGAAUUUAAUUGCUCUGGUUUCUAUGUUUGGCUUUUCUUCAAAGGCCCUGAGUUAAUUUGUCCAGAUCAAAGUCAAAAUGUUCAGUGGACUGAACAAGAUACUUACAAUUAAGUUUGCUCAGAUUUAAGUGUUACGAUGGACACGCUGUUGCUACAGCUAUUUUAAGUAUGCCUGCAAUUAUGCUCCAAAGCAAAGUUAUUUUAUUUUUUUUCUUCAUAUUACAGGACAGUAAAUAUUUUCAAAAUAUUGAAUGGAAUCUAUCUUCAUUGUACAGAUACUGUAAAAUACUGUGUAUAUGUCUGGUAAAAAAAAGCAAGAGAGCAGGAUAUUUUAUAUGAUGCAUGGAACUUGGUUUGAAUGUUUUUCCCCAAAAUUUCACCAAUCUUCAAACUACUUGUUUUCAUCGGUUUAUACCUGUUUGUCUUCUCCGUUGUGGAAUCUGUAACCUGCACGAUCACUUCUUCUCAUCUGUAAUGUGGGCACAAUCUCCUGUUUGUAGUUUAUGUGUAACGUCCAGUUUGUUCCAUGAGGUGAUAGUGUGUUCUUGGUUUGUGGAAUUUUUGCAAGUUAAAUUAUUGAUGGAACUCUUUGAACUGUGGGGGUUCAAGGCAUUCAAUUUCAUGAAUUCCAUUUGUCAUGUAUCAUUUCAUGAAUAUUUUUUUCUUUGAAAAAAAAAAAAAUAGGAAUUUGCACUGCUCUGUUUUUGAUGGUUUGGAAUUUUGAUUCCCCAAAGCUGACUUUUGAUAUAAAACAUAGUUGCAAAUAUUUAUGUAAAACAUACGGUUUUAAAAUAUGAGCAUAAUUUUCACAAAUGACUCAACUAUAGGGAGUAAUUUGCACAAAAUAUAUUUAAAUUUAAUAAUUGUAGGCACUUUUUAACUUCUCUGCAGUGGGAAAUGUGUUUUCGGAAUUGGUUGGAAUCUUUUUAUUCUCCUGUAAAAAUGUUAACCUUCAUUUAAUCAGAGAUGAUUCAGGGUCAUUUGAAGCAGAACAAAUAAUAAAACCUCCACAGUGCCUUGAUUUUGAUUCAGGUAAUAGUGCUAAACAUACUGAAUUACAUUAUCUUGAAUUUAUGACCAUCGAUUUUAGUUCACUGACAAAAACAUGCUUCCUAGCUCAGUCUCUAUUGUGCAUAUAGGUAUUUUAAAAACUGUACAAAUUGAGAAUCGCAAUGUUUUUAAAAUGCUGCGCUCUCCUUCUCAACCAUUCAGUAAGGGGCAGCUGCGGUGUAAUUACUCUCAUUUCACAAUUUGAAAUGUUGCAUCUCAUGUUUUCUAAAUUUAUGCCAAAACAUGUUUUGUGAGUAACAGUACAACUGACUUGUAAAGCAGUUUAAAUUGAGUUAUCCGGAAUGAGACAGACUACAUAAAUAAGAUAUAAAGAGAUAACAUUGUAUUGGGACUUCAGAUGACAAAUUCACUUCAUAAAAGAUAAUAAAAAGAUCCAACUGAAAUUCUGUACCGAUUUAAAAAAAAAAAGUUUUAAUAUAUUUUAUGGUACUAGUUUUAAAAUCCACGUCUGCAGAGCAAAAUAAGUUUGAAAAGACUUAU